CCCAGCUUUCCCCUGGAGUCACCAGAGCACACAGAAAAGGAGCUGACUCUAGUAUUUAAGGCACAUGUUCAGUGUCUGCAUUUCGUCUUCCACCAUGGCCAGAGCUAUCGCUUUUGUCCUUCUUGCCUCAACACUUUUCUGCUGCCAGGCUGCUCCUGUGGAUCGUCCUGGCAGCUCAGAUGUCCAUUGUCCUCUAAAUGUAAAGAUCCUGGACGCAUUAAAAGGUGCACCUGCUGGAAAUGUGGCACUUACUGUCUUCCGCCAAGGUGAUGAUCAAACAUGGGAAAAAAUCACCAGUGGGAAUACAAACAUAGCUGGUGAGGUUCAUGAACUUCUCUCCGAUCAGGACUUCAAACCUGGUGUGUAUCGUGUCGUGUUUGACACCAAAACCUACUGGAAAGGAGAAGGUCGUGCAUCAUUCCAUGAAGCUGCUGAAGUGGUGUUUGAGGCUCAUGCUGAAGGACAUCGUCAUUACACUCUGGCUCUGUUACUGAGCCCCUUCUCCUACACUACAACAGCUGUAGUGGGGAAAGGACAUGAUUAAAUACGCACAGCAUGCCGAGGACCCACACCAGUCACAUUUCCCACACCAGUACAAUCACCCUGCUGAAGAAAACUAAUAGAAAUCCUCAUAGAAUUUGUAAUGGUUAGAAUGGGAAUCAUAGUGGUUUUAAUGGAAACCCUGUAGGUCUCUGGACGGCAUGUUAUAUCUAGAGUAAGGACCACCUUCGGCAACUUGCAGAUCACUGGGCACCAACCAGGACCAAUACGACAUCACUGGACCAAUAGUGUUUAAUGGUAUUUGAACUGGAAUUUCCAAGAUUAUUUCUAUUGUGUUUUGCUCCAUUUUUCAGCAGGGUAGCACUACAGGUCACCACGACAAAGACAUUCAAGACAAGAAAGACAUUAUUCUCUGAAUAGGUUUUCAACUAUAAACUCUUUUAAUGGUCAUUACAGAGUGUAACGCAGUGAGCAAACCGGUAACACAGUGAAGAAACCGGAGAAACGAAAAGAAAAGAAAUAAACAUAAUCAGGAUUGUACACAUCAGUGAAAGCCGUCAAUAUUUCUCAUCCAGUUUCCAAAAAGAGAGCUGCAGAAAAUAUGGACCCUGAAAAACAGUACGAGACACGAAGGAAAGGGUCGCCCCCGGCUUUCUGCUCCGAUUUAUUCAUUUUUUUUUUUAACGAUGUUUUAGAAGACCGUACAUUUAAAAUCCAGAUUAAAAUGAAAAACUUGUGAAAAAUAAAAAGAAAAUGGGCACUCUA